AGAAGUUAUAUACAUAUAUGGGUAUAUCUAUGUAACAAAUUGCAGCACAGGAGCCCCCUGGGCUCCCUCAGGCUCUGGUAUGACAUAUUUGAGCCAUAUAAAUUCAGCUUCUCCUCUGGCAUCUGUUAGCCGACUCACUUGCAACUCCACCUCAGCAGUGGUCUCUUAGUCCUCUCAAAGCAGGGAAAGAGUGCUGUGUGCUGAGAGACCAUGGCAAAGAAUCCUCCAGAGAACUGUGAGGACUGUCACAUUCUAAAUGCAGAAGCUUCUAAAUCCAAGAAGAUAUGUAAAUCACUUAAGAUUUGUGGACUGGUGUUUGGUAUCCUCACCCUAACUCUAAUUGUCCUGUUUUGGGGGAGCAAGCACUUCUGGCCUGAGACACCCAAAAAAACAUAUGACAUGGAGCACACUUUCUACAGCAACGGAGAGAAGAAGAAGAUUUACAUGGAAAUUGAUCCCGUGACCAGAACUGAAAUAUUCAGAAGUGGAAAUGGCACUGAUGAAACAUUGGAAGUACAUGACUUUAAAAAUGGAUACACUGGCAUUUACUUUGUAGGUCUUCAAAAAUGCUUCAUCAAAACUCAGAUUAAAGUGAUUCCUGAAUUUUCUGAACCAGAGGAAGAAAUAGAUGAGAAUGAAGAAAUUACCACAACUUUCUUUGAACAGUCAGUGAUUUGGGUCCCAGCAGAAAAGCCUAUUGAAAACCGAGACUUUCUCAAAAAUUCCAAAAUUCUGGAGAUUUGUGAUAACGUGACCAUGUAUUGGAUCAAUCCCACUCUAAUAGCAGUUUCAGAGUUACAAGACUUUGAGGAGGAUGGUGAAGACCUUCACUUUCCUACCAAUGAAAAAAAAGGCAUUGAACAAAAUGAGCAGUGGGUGGUCCCUCAAGUGAAGGUGAAGACCCGUCACACCAGACAAGCAGCAAGCGAGGAAGAACUCCCAAUCAAUGACUAUACUGAAAAUGGAAUAGAAUUCGACCCCAUGCUGGAUGAGAGAGGUUAUUGUUGUAUUUACUGCCGUCGAGGCAACCGCUACUGCCGCCGCGUCUGUGAACCUUUACUAGGUUACUACCCGUAUCCAUACUGCUACCAAGGAGGGCGGGUUAUCUGUCGUGUCAUCAUGCCUUGCAACUGGUGGGUGGCCCGCAUGCUGGGGAGGGUUUAAUAGCAAGUCUGAGCUCAAGUGCUUAAACUUCUGGCAGCCAACAUAUAAUGAAUGCAUGCUAUUCAAUGAAUUUCUGCCUAUGAGGCUUUUGGCUCCUGGUAGCCAGCACUCCGGAAUUACUUGUAGGUAAUUCUUCUCUUCAUGUUCUAAUA